AUGGCAGACGAACCGAAGCCCACCAGUGCGGCGCAGAACGAGGAGGAUGGCCACACCGAGCCCUCGGAGGUGGAGACGAAGGAAGCAGUGCAGUAUUGGGGAUAUCUGUUCAAGGCCGAUAAGUGCGGGACGAGUAAGCUGGAUCGCCUGCUCAUGGGGAUAGCGAAACAUAUCACCACCACGACCGACCCCAACGACGACUGCACCGACAUCACCCCUCACCAACUCGCGACCUUCUACCGCUCCGUCGGCGGCAACUACGACAGCCUCUUCCUCCACAAACCCCCCGCCUCCAUCGCCUUCAUCUACAAAUCCCUCGGCUGCUCCCACUCCCUCCAACCCAGCGACCUCACCGACCCCUACUCGCCCCCCUCCGUCCCCGCCCUGAAGCGCCACGGCUACGUUACCUGGCAGACCAUCCAGCUCCUCCUCGAGCCUGCAGAACACGUCCCCUUUCUCCAAACCGCUGUGCAUAAAUUCGACAUCAUCGACCCCGACGAGGGGCGCCGCUUUCCGCGAGUCCUGCCGAAAGAGGUCCUCCCCUCCAAACCCGACCAGGACAUGCUCACCUGGUUCGAGAGCGUCUCGGAGCGCCUACGCCACGACGCGCAGGCGCUCUCGCGACCCCCCUGGGACUCCGCCGACGAUCGCGAAUACGAGACCGACGAGCGGGCGGAUGCCGCGCGGUAUUUCGACCACCAGAUGCGACGCGAG